GGCAACUUGGACAACUUAUAACGAUGUUUGUCCCGCAUAUCACUAGGAAGAUCGGGAUCUUGCAGUUUCAGUUUAUAGUUUAUCCUAUACUACGGACCGCAAAGGCUCGUCCAACGCGAAGCUUUAUGGUGAAGAACACAUACAACACAUAGCGCGCGCGAGCGAGAGAGAGAGAGAGAGAGAUGGCUAUGAGGCUGUUCGAUGCCCAUUGUCAUCUGCAGGACCCGAGAAUCGUCCACUUGGCGCCACAGCUCAUCGACUGUGCUGUUCGAUCGGGAGUAGUCCGCUUCGCCGUCAAUGGCAUCUCCGAGAAAGAUUGGCAUCUCGUGAAGCAGAUGGGCGAGCAAUAUGACUGCGUUGUUCCUUCCUUUGGCCUUCAUCCUUGGUUCGUCGAAGAGAGGACUCCGAAUUGGUUGACAUCAUUGAGGGACUUUUUUAGGAACACGCCCGAAGCUGCAGUGGGUGAGAUCGGUUUGGAUAAAGGCUCACGGGGGAAGCAAAUCGACUUCACGACGCAGGUUGAAGUUUUCAGAGGGCAACUUGAACUGGCCAAGGAGUUGGGGAAGCCAGUUUCAGUUCACUGUGUUCGUGCCUUUGGUGACCUUCAAGAAAUAUUGCAGAAAUUGGUAUUUAAGAUGCUACACAGAUCUCUUGGUCCAUUUCCAGCUGGUGUUAUUCUUCAUUCUUAUCUUGGAUCAGCGGAGAUGGUUCCUAGCUUGGCAAAGCUUGGGGCUUAUUUUUCUUUCUCUGGCUUUCUUACAUCAAUGAAUGUACGGAAAGCAAAGAAGAUGCUUAAGUCAGUACCCACCGAAAGAAUCCUGCUAGAGACAGAUGCUCCUGAUGCAUUACCGCAGUCAGAUAUGGGUUCUCUUAAAUGGGUUCCAGGUGAUGCGAAUGCACCACCACAGCCUGAACAUCAAAGCAUAGAGUCUCGGGCCAUCUCAAACAAAGCACUUAAUCAUCCUGCUAAUAUUUUCACCGUUCUAAACUAUGUGGCAUCAAUGUUAGAGAUUCCAGCUGAAGAACUUGCCGAGACAAGCUACAGUAAUGCCCUGAGAUUGUUCUCCUACCCUGGUUCAAAAAUCUGUUGAAGUUGUGCAAGUGUAGUACUUUCAAUAUUCUGUAAGCAGGUAUGCUUUUCCUUUACUGCUCGUGGCAUAACUCCAUGAUCUUAAUUUGCGAUCCCAAUGCUAGUUAAUCGGCUCUGUCUGCCCCUUGUACAGUGCCACAGACGGACUCCUGUAAGAAAUUAAACUACAUCUUCUCGGAUUUGGCAACACAUCAUGACACCUCCAAAAAAUUGUAUAUUUUUUGGUGUUUUUAUCAGUUACUAACGGAAACUCUCAGUAGCUAAAAUUCAUCUGUAAAACUAAACAGUAACUAAGCUGGAUCAUUUGUGUAAAUAGUCCAUAAAUUUAUCCAUCCAGCAUGUGCCACAUUCCUUUUCGGAUUAGUAA